AUGUCAUCUCUCUUCAAAUAUUCUGCAGUUCUGCAGACUAUCAAGGCGCGUGAGCACUGUCACAGAUUGAAGAAAGAGAAGAAGAAGAUGUUCAAGUCUCAAAUGUGCUUCAUGAUUCAGAAUAUUGAGAAGACAGCCCUGCUCUCUGAGCAUGUCAAUCUACUUGCUGCUGAGAUGAAACCUGAGACAGCAGAUCAGGAAAUGCGGGAUUUUGAGAUGCAGGUUAACCUGGCUGAAGAGAAGCAGUGA